AUGAAGGACGCGGAAACUACAACGGUCCGCGAACUCGGCCCAGAUCACGUGGCCAAUGACAUUUAUUCGUUUCUGAACCGCAAACCGUGCGCGCGACACCAGAGAUCAGAUGCGACCAAACACACAUGCGGAUGGCCACGAGCCAGGCUACCUUCUCCUCCGGCUGAAGAAGAGGGGCCCGAGAAACUGGAGUUGCUGGCGGAUGCUUCCAGGAGAUUCUCCCUGGAGUCGGUGAAGACAAUUGUGGGUCCUGGAGUGCUGCAGUAUCUCCAACGCGGUGGAUUUUCGUCAGGCGAUUUGGUGAAGACCCUGCAGUUGUUUUUCAGCCACUCUUCCCUGACAGAGGAGCAGUUGGCGAUGCGAUUGCAGCGGGCCAACCUCCGUAGUCUGAAUGCCUUUAUGGAGACUCUUGAGACCGGGGUUUAUCCUGCCAAGUGCUUCCUGCUGGGUCCCAGGUACAUCCCUUCAGAGACAGAGCAGUCCACGGCAGUCGCAGACACCAGAGAAACGACUACCGGAAAAACGACUGAGGAGCGUACCAGACUGGACGGUGGAAACUCUGCAAGUACAAUUGUCCCUCCUCAAUCGACUGAGACCGAGCUUGCAAACGAAAGAGACAAUGGUCAAACAAAAUCUGUGCCGGUAGUAAUUGGCGAGACUGUUAAGACUGGCAGUACUAGGGCCAAUCCCACAAAACCGUCUUCUGCCAACGUUGCCAUCCCACCUCACAAUGCCCCACAACUGACUACCUACAAACGGUCAUUUCCUCCGUUAUCUCCCCUGGCUAAACGACAGUGCAUGGACGUCCCUUCUUAA